AUGUCGACUCCAUCCGCUCCCCCAAUUCUGGACUUCUCCCCAAUUUACGGAGAAGAUGGCGAAGCAAAGACCAGGCUGGUAGAAGAAGUUCGUAAGUGCUGUCACUACAAUGGCUUCUUCCAGAUUACCGGUCACCGCGUGCCAUUGGAAUUACAGCGACGCGUGAUGAAUUGUUCCAAGAGAUUUUUCGAUCUGCCUCUGGAAGAGAAGCUAAAGAUCGAUAAAAGUGAGCAAUCUCAUCUUCCCAAUCUUGACCUAGCUAACAUCGCAGACCUGAACUCUUUCAAUCGCGGCUACGAACUCCUCCGAUCGCAAAUGCUGGAAGUAGGCACCGGCCCCGAACUAAAGGAAGGACUCUACAUUGGCGAAGAAAUUCCCGAAGACCACCCCUAUUUCUUGCAGAAGAAAUUAAACAGCGGUCCGAAUCAGUGGCCCCAAGCCGUCCCAGACACCGAAGAGUUCCAGAAAACAACAAUGGAAUACUACCACGCGGUAUUCGAAUUGGCCAAGGACGUUCUUGCCGUCCUGGCAUUGACUCUAGGUGUGGAGUCCAGCUAUUUCGAGCCCCUUACCGCUGGAGCAGUCGCGACAAUGCGAUUCCUACACUAUCCCGCACAGCCCAAAGACGAAGACGAGAAACUGAACCGCGGGAUCGGAGCGCACACGGACUUUGGCUGCGUCACUUUACUGCUACAAGACGAGGUGGAUGGUCUCCAGGUCUUGGACGCUCCAACGGGGGAAUGGCUAGAUGUGAAACCCGUCCCCGGAGCCUAUGUCGUGAACCUGGGAAACCUCUUCAUGCGCAUGGCCAAUGAUAAAUACAAAUCUAAUACUCAUCGGGUAAUCAACAAGUCUGGCAAGGAGAGGUACUCGAUUCCGUUCUUCUUCAGCGGAAACCCGGAUUAUCUGUGCGAGUGCUUGCCGAACUGUCGUGAGUCGGGCGAGGAUGCGAAAUACCCGGCUAUUACUGUUCAGGACAUGGUUACUGCAUCAUAUAAGGAGAGCUACGGCCGGGCGGAGAAAUAUAAGAAAGAGAUGGAAACGAAGAAGAUGGAUGAACUACCCGCUGUGGCUGCGGUUGGUGCGUAG